GGCCCCAUCUAUAUAACUCUCUGCCUAACAUACCCCAUAACUGAUCUCCAUCUCUCUCUCUCUCUCUCUCUCUCUCUCUCUCUCUCUCUCUCUCUCUCUCUCUCUCUUCUUUCUUCUUUCUAGUAUGGCUGCUGACGUCAGCUCUCUCGUACGGAUACUAAGUAGGUACAAGGAUGAUCGGACGACGGUAAAGGAUUCCGUCGGACCAAAAUCAACGGUAGCGCUCAUGACUCGCGAUCUCCUCGGAAGCGGCGGUUGCGGAGGUGGAAGAGACGAUCAAUCACUGGAGCUUGACCUUGACCUUCAAGUCCCCAACGGCUGGGAAAAGCGUCUCGACUUGAAGUCAGGGAAAGUGUAUCUGCAACAAUGCAAUUCAACGAGUUCGUCGUCAUCAACUCAUCAUCAUCAUCACGACGCAGUCGCAAACAAAUCCUCCCAAACAGUUGCGAGGUUUCAUGAUUUAAAUUUCCCGCCGAUUCCCGGUAAAUCUCCGGCGAAACCAUUGCUAAGCCUCUUCGACGACACAACCCUUGAACUGAAGCUAGUCCCGUCUUCGUCAUCAUCAUCUUCUUCAAUUCCGUCGCUCUCGUAUCUAUCUUCGAUCUCUGUAUCAUCGACGAAUUCGAGUUUCCAGAGUGUUUGCACACUCGAGAAGGUGAAAUCGGCGCUGGAGAGGGCGGAGAAAGUUUCAUCCGUGGCGAUCAAGAAACGCCAAUCGCCAGACGACGGCGUUUGCGAUCGAAACGCUUCUGCCGCCGCGUCUCCGGUUGCGGCGGGAUGUCCAGGAUGCUUAUCGUACGUGUUGGUGAUGAAGAACAAUCCGAAAUGCCCGAGGUGUCAUUCGUUUGUUCCUUUGACUGCCAUGAAGAAGCCUAAAAUUGAUCUCAACAUUUCGAUUUGAAAGCUCUAUGGAUCGAAAUUAAUAAUUAUUUUUUGAAAGUUUCGGUUUCUGUAAAUGAUAGAUAAAUCAGGAGUUUCAUGGAUAAAAGGAGGAAAUUUACUGGAAAUGAAGUAAGGUUUUUUUUUGUAAAUUGCUUUGUAGUAAAUUAGUAAUGAAGGAGUAGUGUUUUUCUUAUUUGAAAGAGAGACUAAUAUUUGAGGUAACAAAAUGUUAAUCUGAUAACUAUUAUUUGGUCAAUAGAUUUAAUUAUACUUAAUUCAA